AUGGAAGGAAAUUCAAGCCAGUUUUUGAGAGACAAAAAGGAAAAUGGAUCGAAUAAUUUAAAAAAUAAUGUAAAUCGAAUCUUAAUUAAAUUAGAGGAAGAUGGAUUCGUUACACCAGAUGAAAAGGUUAAAGAGCUUAUCAAGGAGGUGAACGAACCAAAACGUUUACUUGCUUUAAAGUUACUUUUUGAAGAUUUGCAAAGUGAAUUUUCAUCCAAAGUGUUAAUCAAUUCAUUAUUUGCAUUAGCCGAUCCUACCCCUUUUAAUCUUUAUUAUUCAAAAGAAAGUGUCUCAGUGUUGGAAUUGCAUUUACGUACUUGGAUAGUAGUUUUAGAAAGGAUUUGUUUUUCACCAAUAAGACUUACUAAAGAACUUCGGGAUAAAGUUUAUAAUUCUUUGGCGAAAUUUGCAGAAAUUCAUCGAAAAACAACGCAAGUGAUGGAAGAAGGACUUGAGAAUAACUUUAGGUAUAAUUUUAAUCAACAAAUCGAUGAUAAGGAUGAUGAAAAAAUUAUCAAAAAGCGAAAUUAUAAUAUAGAUUUUUUGCUAAUACACUUGCGUGAUACGCUACAUAGCCUUCGUGAUGAUGAACAUUGGCUUCAAGAAAUUAUGCGAAGAAUGAAAGAUAUACUUAAAGCUUUCCUUAAUAUUACUCCAGGUGUCUUGUCGAUUGUGGCACCUGAAGCUAUUAUUCCAAUCGACAAUUGCGCGAUCUGGUCAAUACUUGCACAAUUACGUCUAGGCCUGAGUUUCAAAUAUGUAGCAUCUUAUUAUGUGGAUUGGAGAAUUAUGUUAAUUAUUCGCCAUAAUAUUGUUGAGUGGGCCGAAGAUUCUAAAAAGAUAAUUAGUAAAAAACAUGCUGAAAUGAUCCUAAUGGAAUAUCUUUGGAGCUUCUUGGAAAGAGAAUGGAAUCAUGUUGCUGAUAAGGCUAUUUUGGAAUCUCAAUCGAAAUUCGAUGAAGUAUCAAAUAAAGUUUCAAAGACUUUAAGAAAUACCAGGAGUCUUUUAAGCGAUCUUGCUGGAAAUGAACCUAUCGCAUUACCACACACUUUAUGGUUUGGAAUAUUGGAUCUUGCACAUGACCUUAUCAAAACUUCUUCUCGCACGGCCACGCAUGGCCUUUGUUACUAUUUGGCAAGCGAAUCACUUAAGAGAGCACCAAGCAGUUUCAUUCAAUUUAAAACAAUCGAAAUAUUGUUAUACCUAAAUAGCAUUAAUAAUAAAUUAUUCUCAAUCAUAGAACUUGAUUUUCAUCAAUAUACAAAUAGAUUAAAGGAGAAUAAUUUUUUAAAAAGUUCUUCAGAAAAAUUCCAAAAUAUACUGGUAUUUGCAAAAGAAAAACACCUUGAAGAUCUUAAGUUAAAUGAUGAUGAUGAUGAAACUAAAGGAAAAGGAAAAGGAAAAUGCUCGGUCAAAAAUACAUUAGUUGAUCAUGAGCAUCUAUCGAAAUCUUAUCAUAUAUUAGAUCUUAUCGCAAAUGAAAUAACUUGUCCAAUCAGCCGUGAACCAACUAAUCAAUUAUGUAUUUUAAAAUGUCAACAUGAGAUAUCAUUAAAUAGUUUAAAAAAAUUAAAACAAACAACAUGUCCUCAAUGUCGAGAGAAAAUUGAGGAUAAUGAGAUCAGAUAUGUAUCACAAAAUACUAUUUAUAAAAAUUUAUAUUCACAAUUCCUUGAAGCUGGGCAUCUUGUACCAUUAUACGAAUUAGAAAGUUCGGAUCAAAUUAAGGGAAAUCAAUACGAUAGUGAUUCAGACGAUAUAUCGGAAAUUGAUCUUAUUUUAACCAAAAAGAAUGAACUUAAUAAGACUUUGAAAUUAAAAUCAAGUAUAUCAUUACAAUCAAUAUUUCAAAUCAAAAGUUCAAAAAAGCAACACCCAAUAUAUAAGAAUGUUGUGAGCAAAUUGUCGGAAAAAAACUAUGAUCAAGCCAUAUUUUGGUGUCAAAAAUUUCUGGAAAAAUUUCCCAAAAGUUAUUCUAUGAGAUGUAUCUUAGCAUAUACUUAUAGGUUUAUUAACAAUUAUAAACAAGCACACUUAUAUCUCAAUGAGGCCAUUAGGUUAAAACCGAAAAAACAAAUUGCACUAUAUAUUCGUGGAGAAAUAUAUUUUAGGCAAAAAAGAUAUGAGGAGGCAAUAGAAUGUCUUAAAAAUGAGGAUUCGAAGAAUUUAAAUUUAAUAGUUGGUUUUAGUUACCUUAUUUGUGGAGGAUAUCAUUAUUGGUACGCUGCUCUGCGUAUAUUUAAUUCUGUACUAAAAAAUGAUCCAAAGAAUUAUUUAUGCCUCAAGUAUUGUGUUUAUGCUAAUGAAAAACAAGGACAUUAUUUAAAUGCUUUAACAAUAUUAGAUAUAUUGCUAAGUAUUAAUAAGGACGACUCAUUGAUUUUGUGCUAUUACGGUGAAGUUUUAUCAAAUUUAGAAAGAUAUAAUGAAGCAAUAUCAUAUUUUACAAAAGCUAAUUUCAUUGAUCCAGAAAAUGUUUAUAAUUUAUGCAAAAGAGCUAUCACAUAUUAUUUACUUGAAAUGACGAACGAAGCUUUACUAGAUCUUAAUAAAGCUUUGCAACUAAAUUCAUCUUAUGAUUUAGCAUAUUAUUAUAGAGGACUGACUUUUUAUACGAUAAGAGACUUUAGCAAUUCAAUUUUAGAUUUUGAAAAAUGCGUACAAUUAAAUCCCAGCGAUAAUGUGGCAAAAGCACAAUUAUAUUAUUUAGAAUAUCUGCUAGCUAAGAAGAAUAAUAAAGUUAUAGACCGUUUUAUUAUCGCAAAAAUUAAUCAAAUUCCUAAUAUUGAUAUGGAUAUAUCUUCAAUUUUUAUAAGAUGCAAAAUAUAUAUUGAAUUAGAACAAUAUGAUAUGGCAUUAAUUGACUUUAAUAUAUUGUUUGAAUAUAACAGAUGCAAUAUUUCGUAUACUUACUUAUUACAAAAAUAUUCCAAUUUUUGGAAAUAUUUAUAUAAUCAUCAUAAAAUUAACGAUAAUGAAUUCGUGGAUUUUGGAAUUGUUGAAAAAUUUGAUAUAUUUAUGUAUAAGGGUACGAAAAAUUUUAAAUGUUAUUUAAUCAAAGUUAUAUCAUUAACCGAAUAUUCUUUUAUUCAAGAGGACUUUACUAGCUUUUCAAGAAAGGUAUUAGAAAUUAAUAAUGGAUUACAGCUUAUAAUUUUGCCUAAAUUACCGCAUAUUUGGAUAGCCGAUGGAUUUUAUAUUAUAUGGAAAAUAUGCAUUAAUAAUAUAUCAUCCAAAGAUUGUUCCCUGAAUUUUAUUAUAAAAACAGAAAAAGAUAUUACUCCAUAUGAAAAUACUUUGCAAUAUAAAGAUUUAUUAAAACUUAGUGAAUUGGGUUGGAUUGAAUAUGUGUUACCACAGUAUAUAAGCACACUAGAGUGUGAAUGGAUACAACCUUCAAUUGAAAUAAAAAAUGGUUUUAUUAAUAUGAAAAUAGAUUAUAUUCGAUUUUCAUUUAUAAAAACGUCUCAAUUACAUUUUAAAAUGGGAAAAUUUAUAUCAUAUUAUAAAUUACAUUCAAAUAUUCCAGAAGCAUUUGAAGAUAAAUACUUUCAAAAAAAAGAACUUGAAAAUUUACUUGAACUGGAAGAAAUUCUUAACCAUUUAUAA